AACUUAAUGUCACUAAUCAAGAACUACAAGAACCAAUAAAUGAAUCUCAAUUAUCUCUAUUAUCACAACAAAAGCAAAACCGUCAUUUACAAGAUCAAAAAGCAAAAGCACGUGCACCAAGUGUAACAAAUGGUAUUUCUACAAAAGCAAAAAAUGCCGCUACAAAUGGCAACAGUAAUGGAAAUUCAUCAACAAACAAGAAAACCAAUAAUAAUAUAAAUGGUGCAUCAUCUUCAUCAUCUACUACAACUUCUCCAGCAAAGAAAGAUACAAAUGGUACAUCAUCUACUACAACUUCUUUAACAAAGAAAGGUAAAAGCGUUAGAAUUGCUGGAACAACUACUCCCAGCACACCAUCAUCAUCUUUUGCACGCCCAACUCGUGCAAGUGUUUUAAGACAAAAAGCCUUAGAAGAGGCCAAAAACCCCUCCACUUCAAAAUCCUCUCCAAUAAUAAUAUCUAAAUCUGCAAAUAGUUCUCCUUCUAUUAAAAUGACUAAAUCUAAUUCAGAUAAAGCAGCAUCAACAAGGGCAGUCAUACACCCGCCUUUUCCUGCAUUACAGCCAAGCACCGUAAUGGCUAAACCUGGAAUGAAUAUUAGAAGUAAUGUAUAUUUACCAGCCGCAAAACCAGCUACUGCAUAA